AUGGAUGAGGAUAUUGAGGCCAUUGAUGCACGUUUCAAGAUUUUAUCUGAGCAAGUGCGUCUGGCUAUGUUCGCCUCUCCCGAACUUGACAUGGCCUUUGAACCAGAGCGUGCAGACAGGAGCAACUCAGUCACCAUGACUCCAACCGUCCCAGCUGAAUCUCCUGGUGAACCGACCUGUGAACCAACGUUCUCUGUGCUACAAUUGGCAGGGGCUCAAUCCUCUACAGAAAACCCUCAACGACGUCCACAGGAAGUAUUCGAUUUCACGACAGAUCACCUUAACGUGCUUCGAAGCGAUCUCGCGGAGCUUCGAGCUUUGCUCGCAGCCAGCGAUUCAAUUGCACGUUCUUCCGAUGAAAUCGAAAUGUUGAAGCAACUGGUCAACAAAUUGCAGGAAGAUUGCCUUCGCGCCCAAGAGGAUCGGGUAUCGGCUUUGUUGGAGUGUGCGAAACUGCAAAAGGAGCGCAACGACGUAUCCCGUGAUGCGAUUGAGAAGAUUGAGGCACUCCGAAAAGAGAAUAAAAAGUUGAAAUUGGACCUUGCCAAUUUAAAACACAAGCAAGAUAAAGAGGUGGAAAAGGGCAACAAAAACCGGGUUGGCAAGGAGGGUAGGCCCAAGAAACGCGUACGUUUCGAACUAGAUACCUGUCCGGAGGAACCAAAAGCACAACAACCUUCGUACGACCCGGAGGAAACUCGUGAUCCCAGACUUGCACGCUCAUUGGCAAGGCCGCCGCUAAACCGCUCAGGCUGUUUCCCAGAUUGUGGUCUAAAUCGUUAA